UGGACUCCACUGUCUGUGACUGCCAUGGUGUUUCGUAUAGGAAGCGAGUACAUGCGGAAGGCACUUGGUAGUUUCACUGCAGUAUCUGUUCUACGAUCUUUAUUUCCUGGAUCUGUGCGGGAAGUGCAGUUGCUAGGUAUGUGGGCACCGCUGAAACCACCACCGAUAUCAUGACAGCAGCUGGUACUGGUCAUCAGAUCAGUUUGAUGUGCGAGUCCUAAACUACUUGGGACCUGGUGCUUUAGCUGAAGGGGUAAAGAGCCGGAUCAGUAGCUGUAGGGAACGCAAGACUGGGCUGAGGUCAGCGGCAGUGUGGAUUAGGGAGUGCGGUUGCCUCGAAACUUCUCUUAUCCCGAAUACCUAGCGAUUGUCCCGAUGACGGUAGGGGGUAUUGCGGCGGGCGGGAGGCAGCCGGGGUCGGGCUACAUCUGUGCAUGUUGCGGUGUCAAGAUGCUACCAUACUUCUCGGAGAAUGCAGUGAUCAACCAGAACACCAUCAACCAGCUUAUCAGCGAUAGUUUCCUAACUGUGAAAGGAGCUGCACUUUUUCUACCUCGUGGAAAUGGCUCGUCCACACCUAGAAUCAGUCACAGGCGCAGCAAACAUGCAGGGGAUUUGCAGCUGCACCUGCAGGCUAUGUUUACCCUACUGCGGCCAGAGGACAACAUUCGAUUGGCUGUGAGAUUAGAAAGCACUUACCUAAACCGCACACGUUACAUGGUUGUCGUCUCAACAAAUGGCCGUCAAGACACUGAAGAGAGUGUCGUUCUGGGAAUGGAUUUUUCUACAAAAGACAGCAGUUCCUGUACUCUUGGCCUUGUUCUUCCUCUCUGGAGUGACACACUCAUCCAUUUAGAUGGAGAUGGGGGUUUCAGUGUGUCCACCGAUAAUAGAGUCCAUAUCUUCAAGCCUGUUUCAGUGCAGGCCAUGUGGUCUGCACUGCAGAGUCUCCACAAAGCCUGUGAAGUUGCCCGCACUCAAAACUAUUUUCCUGGCAGUCUCUUCCUUACUUGGAUUAGUUACUAUGAGAGUCACAUCAACUCCGACCAGUCAUGCAUCAAUGAGUGGAAUGCCAUGCCGGACGUGCAGUGCCACCGUUCUGACUCACCCGUUUUGUUCACUGACAUCCCUACAGAGCGUGAACGCACAGAGCGGCUAAUAAAGACCAAACUGCGAGAGAUAAUGAUGCAGAAAGAUCUGGAGAAUGUUACAUCCAAGGAGAUUCGGACAGAGCUGGAGAUGCAGAUGGCAUACAAUUUGCGUGAGUUUAAGGAGUUUAUUGAUAAUGAGAUGAUUGUAAUUCUGGGUCAGAUGGACAGCCCUACAGAGAUAUUUGACCACGUGUUUCUGGGCUCUGAGUGGAAUGCCUCCAAUCUAGAAGAUUUACAGAAUCGAGGGGUGCGGUAUAUCCUGAAUGUGACCCGUGAGAUUGAUAACUUCUUCCCUGGCCUAUUUGAGUACCAUAACAUCCGUGUAUAUGAUGAAGAAGCCACAGACCUUCUGGCCUAUUGGAAUGACACCUACAAAUUUAUUUCUAAAGCCAAAAAAAAUGGCUCCAAGUGCCUGGUUCACUGCAAGAUGGGUGUGAGUAGGUCAGCUUCCACAGUGAUUGCCUACGCAAUGAAGGAAUAUGGCUGGAAUUUGGAUAGGGCCUUCAAUUAUGUGAAGGAAAGGCGGACAGUCACAAAGCCCAAUCCUAGCUUCAUGAAACAGCUUGAAGAAUAUCAAGGCAUCUUAGUUGCAAGCAAACAAAGGCACAAUAAGCUGUGGAGGUCUCAUUCUGAUGGUGACCUGUCAGACCAUCGUGAGCCAAUCUCAAAGCCUGAAGCAGAUCCAAACAAGCAUGAUGGUCCUUGCUCUGCAUCCAUUCUGUCAGCUAAGAGUCCCCAGGAUGCUGUAUUUUCCUGCCUCACUCAUGGCCUUCAUGCAGAUCCAUCAGAGAAUGGAGCAGAACUUGAAAUCUCAUUGAAUCACUUUGAUUACAGCUGUGCAUCUUGUGACUGUCAGACUGAGGAGGAGGUGGAGGAAUGGACUAGGAGUGCCAUCAGUGGAUGUCCUGCAGACCUGUCCUUGCAUAAUUAUCAGCUUGCUCCCUGUAGUGAUAACAUUGAACAGGAUUUUGAUAAUUCCUUACAGUCUGAGAGCCCUUCAGAAGGAACUAAAGAUUUACAUGAUUUGAAGUUAGAGGACUUGGGAAAUGAUGCUCUUGGGCCUGAAAGGGACUGUGUGACGUCAGAACCCAUUAAAGGGGACCAUCCUGGAUUAUCUCCAACACCCUUAAGCUUACAGUCUGACACUCCUGCUGAAACUUCUUGCCUGAGUACGGACCGUAUUGAUUUCUUUAGUGCCCGGGAAAAGUUUGUAGAACUUUCUGAGGAGAGCAGGACCCGUGCCUUCUCUUACACACGAACAGAGGAACAGAGUACUGGGAAAAUGGCAUCUUUGAAAGUAAUGGACACAGAAGUCUGUUCACUGGAACUGAAUUCUGGAAAUCAUAGGCAUAAUUCAGAGGAAGAGUCCCAGAAGGAGUCCAGGGAUUUGUCUUCUGACGAAGAAAAGGAGAUCUCUGAACCUUCCAGUGGUAAGAUGUGUCGCCUCACCAGAUCCCAGUCUGAGAGUGUGUCUGUGAAAGAAAUUGUAACAGAAAUCGAAUCCAUCAAUCAAGGGACAGGACUGUGCCAACAAAAAACAGAAACUUCCAGUCAGUUGGUGACGCCAAAGAGAAAUACAAUCCACGAACUGCAGGCUGAGCUGGUUUCAGCUACAGAGGUCAAAACUGGAAAACCUGAACCAAGCAGAGAGUGUAGCUCUGCAGGUUUGAUAGAAAUAAUUCAGGACUCUGCAAAACAAAAGCUUUUUACAUCUCAGCAGGUUCCUGCUGAGGUGGAAGAGUCUGCAGAUGCUGCUGUAGCUGAAGAGACGUUUCAGCAUUGCACCGAGUUAAAGGUUGAGCCCAAGAGAGUUUCAGUAAAACGUGCAACAAAAGAGUUUGAGGAACGCAUGCGAUUAGAACAAGAGCAGCAGAAUGUGCUGCAUUCAUGUGCACUGCCAAGCCGUAGAAAUUCCAGAAAUGAAAGCAGUGCUGCCUCAGAGCCAUGUCCAAAGGGAAAGGCUGAAGACAGCCCCUCUGAGUCACCAGAUACUACAAAGGAAUCUGAAAAGGAAAAGAUUGUCAAAAUUAAAAGUUUAGGGCCAAAGGCCAAAGUACCUCAUAGUGCAGAAGCUGCUACAGAUGCACAAUUAUCGCCAAGUGAACUCCAUCCUGUACAAUCGAAAAAUGAGCAUUUGAACACAGUACUUGAAGCAAGGCAGGGAACAAAGGUUGAACACAGAACUGUCCAUUCAUUUGAGGCACCGGAGAAGCUAGUUUUGCAGUCCCCCCUUCCAAAGAAGAUAGAAAUUAUUGAAUAUACCGUGAAGAAAAAUGAGCCUGACCUUCAGGAAAGCAGAAGUGAUCCUUGUGUACUAGAGUACAGAAGUGAAGAAAAAAACCCAGGGAAACUAAAGGCUGAGGGCAUAGUUAAAGCAGUACCCAUCACUGUGGACAGUGAAGUUGCUGAGACUCCCAAUAUGUUGUCCUUGGGGCUGCCACUAAAAGAAGGGACACAGGCAACAACUUUGUCACGCAGCAGUCCUGAGGAAGAAACUGAAUGCAGGUCAAGUAAUGCUGAAUUCACUCCAGUCAUUUGUCAUGCUGCAAACGCACCUUUUCAACUGCCAGAUUACUUUGGUCCAAAGUAUGCAAUCCAUUUGACUGGUGUCACAGAACUGUCCAGUGAAACAGAUGAACUAGCAUUCCCAAGAUCUGAAGACAGCAGCCACAUUUCCUUUGGGGGCAGUAAUGACAUGCUGCAAAGAGCAGGAGACAGUGGGACAGCCCAACUGAGCACUGAAGACCUGUGUUUGAUAGACAAGCUGAGUGAACGCAUAAGGGAGCUUCAUGAGGUCCUGGAUUUAUCCAUUGGCUCUUGUGGUCUGCCACACAGUUCAAGCACUGAUAGUGUAAAAGACUUAGCAAGCACUCCUGGUAUGGUAAAACAACGUGCAAAAGAAAUUGAGGCACGGAUAAGGCAAGCAGGGCUUACAACUCCUUCACAGAUGAAGAGGUCAGCCUCAUUAGCAAAACUGGGCUGUCUGGAGCUUUCCACAGAUGACCUGUCUGAAAGAGAAUCUGUGUGUUCUGAAAGCAAUCAGACAUGUUCUGAUGUUCUUCAGAACAGCAGGAGACUUAGUCAAGACAGGUCUGAGGUGAGGGGAGAGUGGGGUUAUGAAGAUCACUCUAAAAAGCUGUGUUUCUGUGUUCCAGUCUCCCAGGAAGAACCUGCUCCUACUGCUUGUUUUGUGGAACAGAUUAGGACAGCAGAGUGUGUCGUGGAAAGCAAACCUGUAGAAAAACCACUGGUGCAAUAUGCCAAAGAAUUUGCAUCAACCCAAGAAGACUCCUUUCAAAACAGAGACUCCGAGUUAAUCAUUUCUGAAGAUAACUGUAUUCAUUUGUGUACAGCAAAUCAGAACAGUUCAGAUGUGGAAACAUCACACAAGCAGCAGCAUGGUAGAAGUCAUCCAGUAAGGAGACUGAGAAAAACUAAUGAGAAAAAGCGGACAGCCAAUCCUUUGUACAACACCAUGUGACCCGUAGCCUUCUCUGUGUGACUGUGUAGCCCUUGUUAAGGGUGGGUGUAAUAUCUGAAGAACAUGCACUUUAUUAUUUUAUUUUAUAUAUUUUUGUCAUAUUUUUCUGUUCUGAAUGCAUGUGGGGUUUGGGGACUGUGUUCCUGUGUGCGACUCAGACUGAAAGACAAGUUUAUAACAAAACAGAAAAUUGAAAAAAAAAAUUAAAAACAUUCAAAGCAACCUCAAAGCCUUCUUUUAAAACAACACUGUGCAGAAUUACUGUCACUAGUCUGUGAUCUGAACUGGAACUGGGUGUUCAUUUUUUAGGUGAAUAAAUCUGAAGUUUUCUUUUAGAUAAAUUGACAUAGUAUGUUUAAAAGACA